AUGGCAGACCCCGCGGCAAUCCAACAGGAGAUCGCGGACAUUGAGAAGAGAAUCGAAGAAGCGCAGACACAACUCAAGGAUGCAAAGUCAAGAUUACAAAAAGCCCAGGCGGCUUCCUUCGUCAACCCCGGCGCGAACAUGUCCGAGGAAGAGAAGAUGGCGCUCAUCAAGGUCAACCUGGCCGAGGUCUUGAAUCCAGAGAUCAUGGACGAGGCGCUGAAGAAGCAAGGACACUUGAAGGUUUACUGGGGCACUGCGACAACAGGACGGCCACAUUGCGGUUACUUCGUACCUAUCCUCAAACUCGCGCAAUUCCUCGCUGCAGGGUGCCACGUCAAGAUCCUGCUCGCAGACAUCCACGGCUUCCUCGACAACCUAAAAGCGCCCAUCGAGCUCGUCAAGUUCCGCGCAGAAUACUACCGCUACACCAUCACCGCAUUGCUCAAGGCCGUCAAGGUGCCAAUCGACAAGCUAGAGUUCGUACUGGGAUCGAGCUAUGAGUUGAACUCGGACUACACCAUGGACCUGCUGAGACUAGCGAGUAUAACAAGCGAGGCAGCAGCGAAGAAGGCCGGCGCGGAAGUCGUCAAGCAAACCGAGAACGCGCCCUUGAGCGGCCUCAUCUACCCACUGAUGCAAGCUCUCGAUGAGCAGUACCUCGACGUAGAUGUCCAAUUCGGAGGCGUAGACCAACGCAAGAUCUUCGCGCUCGCAAAAGAUGUACUCCCUAAGAUCGGCUACAAGGAGCGCGCCCACUUGAUGAACCCCAUGGUUCCCGGUCUGCAAGGAGGAAAGAUGAGCUCGUCCGACCCAGACUCCAAGAUCGACGUCCUAGACGACGCAGACGUCGUAAAGCGCAAGCUCAAGAAAGCGCACGCGGCGCCCAAGAUCGUCGAAGAAAACGGCGUCCUCAGCUUCGUCGAAUACGUGCUCCUGCCCGCCAGCCACCUCAACUACGGUGAGCCCAAAUUCGUCGUAAAGCGUCGCGACGCCGAACCCCUUACCUACACCGAUAUCAAGAAGAUGCAAGAAGACUACGCAGCCGACAUUCUCACACCCCAGGAUCUCAAGCCCGCAGUUACGGAGGCGCUCAACGCGCUUCUUGAGCCCGUGCAGAAGGAGUUCCAGGGUAACCAGGAGUGGAAGGAUAUCGAGCAGAAGGCUUACCCGCCGCCGCCAGUGGUCAAGAAGGAGAAGAAGGUUAAGAAUAAGGGGACUUUCCACCCGAAGCAGAGGAAUGUGGAGGCCAAGCCUGAUGGGCAUGUUGAGGGUGAGGAUAAGGAUAAGGUUGAUGUUGGGACUGAGGGUGGGGAGAAGGCUAUUGAGGGGCUGAGUUUGGAGGAGAAGAAGUAG